UUGCACAUUUCAAAAAUAGAAUCCAAGUCACUGGAUUGUGUCUCCACGGGGCCGUAUAUGCUCCCCAGGUCUGUACUCCUUACUGAGUGGGGGUGAUAUGAGACUGUUGUGCUUCAAAUGCAUGAUGUAUGGAAAUUAGUCAGAGUCAAGUCAAAGUUUAUUUGUAAAGCACUUUAAAAACAAUAAAGGCGGACCAAAGUGCUGACAAGUAGAUCUGUACAAAAGGACUCCACUAGGCAGCAGAUCAGAGCCUGUAAAGCAGGGGUUCCCAAACUUUACCAUGGCAGGUCCUCCCAUAUACCUGUACAUUCCAGCCAAACCCCCCCCUGACAUUGCAGCCCCUUUCACAACCACAGUCUAUGUCUAUGAGUAGAGUGUCCCAUUGGGAUAUAAAAAAAUAACGACGACAAUGGUAGUAAUGUCCAAAGAUGCAAUGUAGGCCCUAUCAAUGCAGUUCUUAACUAAUGGGAACAUCGUUUAUCUUACUUUUGUUCAUUUUGCUGUACAUUUAUUAUUCAGUUAUUUAUUUUGUUUUGCUACACUUUUCCUGCCCACCUGCCGCGGCCCCCUAGCACUCCCUCGUGGCCUCCCAGGGGCCCCCGGUCCCCUACUUUGAAAACCACUGCGUAAAGUGUGGAAUUAACAUUGUGUAUAUUGAGAACAGUCAGUAUGGCCCUAAUUACUGCCAUUGGUUCAUUCAGUGUACAAACUAAUAUGUGAACGGUGACUAUGUUGGACUUUCCCCCGCUUGGUUGAAUGCAUAGGCUGGAGUGUCUGUGCCUCCCCCUCUCGGACACACUGGACAGCGCCGCGUGCUCGCGUUCCUGCCGCAUCAUGGUGCAGCCUGUAUUUCAGCGUGCGGUCUAGGACCUACUCGAUUUUCGGUCUUUUACUCCAGGAGAUGAACGAGAUAGCGUUCAGUGGCCGCUGGUAGCAUACUGCAAGGCACUGUGUAAAUUGCAGCGAUUGCGGGAAAAAACCCAAACAAACAACAAACAAAACAAAGGGAAUAGUUGAAUCAAUGGAACUUGUGUCCCGAGUCCCAUACGCAGCAGGCAAGGGAGAUUCGCAUUUGUAGACUGUCAGCGCUAGUUUGGAUGGCUGUCAAGUGAAAGGAAGGAAGAAAAACGCACCGGUUACUUGUCAGAAUGACACGGGCAAGAACAAUAAUCAUUUAUCACCUAGCCCCUUUUUGUUUUAAAUAAGUCUUUCAGAUAGCAUCAUAUGCUCAUCAUACUAAGUUCUGUUGGUGUAGACUACUUUGCAUCCUAGCAAGGCUUGCUGAAAUGAAACAAUUAAUCAAUUCGUCUCAACAAUUUAGAGUUUAGCCACGUAGCCCACUUAAUGCAAUGGUACGUGCACAUUCCUUUACUAACUUCCUUAUACCCGUCUAUCAGCUGCGAGAUGCGUAGCCUUAUUGGAGUCGUGAUAAACGAUGCGGUCCAUCUGCCUCUAAUAGCGCGGUGCCUUUCAGAUUAUAUACUGCAUAUGCUCUGACGCACCGUGAGUUCGCACUUAUGAUACUUCAUCUACUGUCCCAGCAUCUUCUGAUGCUGUGUCGGGAUGAAAUGUAGCCUAUUACUAAAUGGCACAACUCGUCCGAAUCGUUAGACAUUGUCUGGGUUCUCCAGAGCACUUGGGUCGUUGAAAUUAGCCACAUUCAUGGACAUCCUUACUGACGUGAUUUUGGUCCAAUAAAAUCAUCGUCAGUUUUAAAAUCGUGGGCUCCGCCCUAUCAGAACUGAGCCUCAGACUGUACACACUACGGGGGUAGAGGGAUGGUCGGGCUUGACAUUUCAGCAGGUUAGUGUGAGUUGCAUUCGAGAGAGGCACCCCGACGUAGACUUUGGCAAAGUUCGUAUGCGUGCCUUUGGUCCUGUUCCAGGUGCGAUGCAUUUGCUGUUGCCUGCGCGUGGAAGUCGGUACACACACACAUUUAUAUUAUAGUUAUGUAUUUAGGUCACUUAAUCACAAGUGGUUCUGAUCCAUAUUCUAUAUAUUUUCAUGAAGCCUGCAGGACAAAUUAAGGCAAUGUGAAGACAGAAUAUUCCGCUUACGCAUUUAGACAUGAUAUUUUAGCCUAUAGCUCGAUUUCUCUCCAAAAGUUCAACGCUAGAUUUGUUCGAGAUGUGUAGGCAUGGGGCAGGCUAUAUCCCUUUGUUUUGAUUAUGACGAGCUUUGGAGAGACUGAGCAAGUUUUUUUUUUUGCAUGGCUUCUACACUGGACCAUACCUAGGGGGCGCCGGUUCGGCUGAUUCACAGACCUUAGUCAGAAGUUGGCAGAGAACAUGCCCUUUGUCAUUUGUGUCUAUUUAGUUAAUCUUUUAAUGGUUAAUCUGUUUGCUGUAUGCUCUUGCUGUUCUACGAAAAUUAUUAGAAUUAUUAUGUUAAUAUGACAAUACAGAGGAUAGUGUGGGCCUACACGAUAUAUGUUCUCAGAUAUUUAGUGGCCAUGUCUAACUGACGACCAUUGCGCUUAACAUUUUGAAGCACACACGAGAGUAUUAUUACAUACGAUGUAUUACCUUAUUCUGAUUAGUGGCCUUCUAUGUUGUGUAUGGAAAGAUGCUGAAAUAUGUCUAGUCAGCGAUGGGCCUGUUUAGCCUACAGCUGCGGCCUGUGUGCAGUAUUGGUCAAAGACAAGAUCUAGACUGGAUCUUCACUUUGCGAUGGUGGGCUUUAAACAUUUGAUUGAGGUUGAUAACGAUUUGCUGUUCGCAUAAUGAGCAUGGAUCAAAUACCUGUUGGUAAUAUAUGCAAUUUAGUGGCCUCACUGUGUUUCUGAAAAGGGCAACAGGCUACACGCCAGUAAAAUACAAGUAGGCCUAUACAAAAUAUCCAAAUACACAGGCUAUUGGUCUUCUCAAUAGACAAAACGCAACAUAGUUUUUUUAAUUAUAUAGGGAGCAUUGGUGUAUUCUUUUUCUUAUAAACUUACUGCAUGAUAUAUUAUUUAACUUAAAGUAUAGUAGGCCUAUGUCACAACUGAGACCGCAGAAGCACGCACAUUUGGUUUGAAACUGAUCGUAAAGCCAAGUCAACCCAUGGAGUACAGUAGCCUGAGUGGCAUACCAGAAUUACUUCACAUGUGCUCAUUCUUGCUCAUUCUGUUCUGCUUUGCUUUACACUUGCUGCCCCGGCUGUGCAGUGUGCGGAUAUUUGGCUUCUGUUUUGGAGCAUUGUCCCACUCUAGCCUCUCGUCAGCAGGGGUUUCGCCCCUAUCCGCUGCCCGUGUUCAGCCUAAUCCACCAGUGAAAUAAACAGCAUUUCAUUUUCCCCUAUGAUUUACUGACACUUAGAAACAGACACACGAAGCGAUUCAUGAUUCAAACGAUCUGCUAUUUGUAUAGGCUACUGUUUAGACAUUGACCAUCUGUGACAGUCUUUCGUGAAUUGACUUAAAGGUACAACGUGCUUUCUAAUUGACAGUCCGUCUACAAGAACAACUAGUUUACGCACGUUUUGAUUUUAGUAUUACAAAUCCCACACAUUUGAAACGUUGCUUCAUUUCAUUCCACGAGGGCACGCUGAUGGUGUCGGAGCUGCGAUAGCGCAGGAAAGAGUUUGUCCUCCGGGCACAGUGGGUAAAAGUGAACUGUAGCCGGACGGGACUCGAAGAGGCGACACUGUCGUCUCUGCGCUGUGUUGAAUUGAAUGGACACACUUCGUCAACGUCGUUUCUUUUAAUCUCAGGAUGAUAUAAAUAGGAUUCGCAAGUGAAAUGCCAGUUUUGCUAUACUUAGCUAUCUUGGUUUCAAGGAUUUUAACAUUUCACGAGCCGUAGCCUACCCAGUCUUCCUCGUGCGUAAAUCCGAUUGACUGUGGAGUCCGCGGUAAAGCCAACCCUCAUGCCUGCAAUGCUUUCAGCUGGUGUGAGUGCUCGAGACGACACUGAAGAGGGAUGCUGUGCAGUUUAUGUUUUUUCUAAAGAAUCCAGAGGAAUCCUUCAUUGACAGUCGUGCGUUUCUCGAGUAUGGGAGAAGAUCAUCGUUCAGCGAUUAAGUAGUUUUUCCUGCACUAUUAUUCUGCUCAUGUUCCAGGAGAGCUGUGUUUCAGGGACUUUUCUUAAGUUGAUCAUGCCAAUGAUGAAAGUUACUCCCACUCCAGUGAAGGGGACUGCUCUGCGACUUUAACUGCAGAGCACAGUAAAUAUGUGCGGAGAGUAGAGGCUGUAACUCGAGGCGGGGUUAAGGUUCAGCUCUAUGGAGCAACGAAGCGGUGGUUGCAGUUCGUAGAGUUGGAAAUGUGAAAGCAAGAAGCAGGCUUUAUUUUUUUCCCUCUCUCCCUUCUCUCUGUCUCUCCUUUUUUUCUUUUCCUACACACGGACACCAUCACGCAUACACGAACAGACAUAGAUUCUUCAUACACCCCCACACAUACACACACACACACAUACACACACACACUCACACACCAGCACAUACAUAAACACGCUGACUUGUAACAGUUAUCCAAACAUACACUCAUACCUCACAAAUUCAAGAUAAACACCAGAUAUGUAUUCGCCGCUAUGUCUAACACAGGAUGAGUUCCAUCCUUUCAUUGAAGCUCUGCUGCCGCACGUGCGCGCCUUCGCCUACACCUGGUUCAACCUGCAGGCCCGCAAAAGGAAGUACUUCAAGAAGCACGAGAAGCGCAUGAGCAAAGAGGAAGAGCGCGCCGUCAAGGACGAGCUGCUGAGCGAGAAGCCGGAGGUGAAGCAGAAGUGGGCCUCGCGCCUCCUGGCCAAGCUGCGCAAGGACAUCCGGCCCGAGUUCCGCGAGGACUUUGUCUUGACCGUCACGGGCAAGAAGCCGGCGUGCUGCGUGCUCUCCAACCCCGACCAGAAGGGCAAGAUGAGGCGCAUCGACUGCCUCCGCCAGGCCGACAAGGUGUGGCGCCUGGACCUGGUCAUGGUGAUUUUGUUCAAAGGUAUUCCACUGGAGAGCACGGAUGGAGAGCGGCUGGUCAAGUCCCCGCAGUGCUCGAACCCGGGACUGUGCGUGCAGCCGCACCACAUAGGAGUGUCGGUGAAGGAGCUGGACCUCUAUCUGGCCUAUUUCGUGCAUGCUGAGGCACAGUCCGACAGUCCAAACCAAGGCGAGUCUGACAUCAAGGAGAGCCCAGAAAAUGGUCAUCUGGGCUUCCAGGACAGUUUCGUCACGCCCGGGGUCUUCACCGUCUCAGAGUUGGUGCGCGUCUCCCAAACCCCCAUUGCAGCAGGAACCGGACCCAAUUUCUCCCUCGCAGACCUGGACAGCUCGUCUUAUUACAGCAUGAGUCCAGGAGCCAUGAGAAGACCCUUACCUAGCACCUCUUCCAGCAGCUCUGCAAAGCGUAUCAAGUGCAUUGAGGACGAGGUGGACAGUCCGGGCGAGGAGUCCUACUACCCUGGGCAGGGGCGCUCACCGGGCAGCGGCAGCCAAGCCAGCAGCUGGCACGAUGUGGAGCCAGCUGGAUAUAAACUGCGUGGCUCGCUAGCUAGUUCGUUCAUCUCAAGACAAGGAAUGCCAUCGCCAACCCCAUUAAAGAAGUCAGAGAAGUCUGGUUUCAGCAGCCCCGUGCCUGCGCAGAGUUCCUCCUCUUCCCCCAGAACGGCUUUCACACACCAUCAUCGGCCAGUCAUAACGGGCCCCAGAGCAAGUCCCCAUGCCCCUCCUUCCAGUCUGCAUUUCCCCACGUCGCCCAUCAUCCAGCAGCCCGGUUCCUACUUCUCCCACCCGGCCAUCCGCUACCAUCCGCAGGAGACCCUGAAGGAGUUUGUCCAGCUUGUCUGCCCCGACAGUGGUCAGCAAGGGGGACAGGUGGGCUUCCUUAAUCCCAACGGCAGUAGUCAGGGGAAGGUCCACAACCCGUUCUUGCCCACCCCCAUGCUGCCCCCUCCACCUCCCCCUCCCAUGGCGCGCCCCGUGCCCCUGCCCGUGUCAGACUCGAAACCGCCCUCCACCUCCACCGAAGGAGGAGGCAACUCCCCCACCUCGCCAACUUACUCCACGCCGAGCACAUCCCCAGCUCAGCGCUUUGUCAGUGUGGGCCCCAGAGACCCCAGCUUUGUAAAUAUCCCUCAGCAGCCUCAGUGGUACUUGGGCUAAAGAUCCUGGACUCCCACCACCACCCCCACCCUUCCAGAGAUGACCCCCACCACCCCCUCGCCUUCCGAUGAGUGCAACCUGCAAUCCACCUGUCCACCCGUCUACCUGCACACUCGUCUGACAGAGAGAAGUCCCACCUCACCUCACCUCACCCACCCCGAUCCUCCUCCGCAUCUGACAGACGCAUGGCUAUGGCUACAGCAAACACAACUACCACUACCCAGGCCCUCGGCUACCAAGAGAUCUACUUCUGCUUGCAUACAUAUGCUUUCUAUAUAUGGAUGUAUACAAAGUCCAUAUAUAUGAGUGCACAUGUAUGGUUUACACACACUUUCUAUUUCAAUAUUAGCAGGCCGACUCAACAGGAGGUGAUACAUCUCCAUUGGAGAGCAACAAUAUUUCUUUUGAAAAAAAAGUGCACGCUUAAUUGCUAAGUGGGUUUUUUUUUUGUCCUUUCCUUUAGCACGGAGCGGGACAAUAUGAUGUGACAUAUGAAAUGAUUUUCUCACCCGGUGGAUCUAUCGGAUUUAGACGUACAGUUCACCCAUUAGGAUUCGUCCCGCUUCGCCGUUUGUUCAAUUGUUCACUCGGCGUGUGUGUGUGUGUGUGUGUGUGUGUGUGUGCGUGUGCGUGUGUGCGUUCACUUGAGACCGGUACAGCUUGGGCCCCCAUUUCUCUCUCUCUGUCUGUUUGUCUCCCAUCACCACCCCGCUCCCAUCUUGAACUUUCUCUUCUUCUGGGCUCGUGCACUUUGUCCAAGUGCAGAAGUUUGUCAAAAUGUUUCGUAGAGAAAAAUCUACAGGCCAACCUGCUUCCACUCUAGCAACCCCUGGAGGACUGACACUCAACACAGCCCUGAUCCCAUCAUGCACUGGGUCAUGUUCUCCUGACCCCUGACCCCUGACCUGACCCUGACCUGACCCGUUGGCCUUUCCUAAGCUGGAGGAGGGCAACCGGCCUCUCCUCAAUGCUUUCUCACGGACAUAUCAAGGCAAUCACAAACUUCCCUGCUGAAACAGAGACAAGGACGUACCAUUUUUGUUUCCCUGGGAUUUAGGGCAGGGGAUAAGAAUGAGAGGACAAUUUAGGAUGAUGUUUUUGAUAUCGGUCAAAUCAGGUGAAAUUAAACGAGCUUGAGGGGCUACGCAGUGUAUUUUGACAGGAAGGUUUUGUUUGAAAGGAGAAAAAAAAUCCUGUCAUGGAGGUAUGUUCAUAUUUCAUUUUUUGUUUUGUUUUUGUAUAAACGCUAUUUCAGUUCCUUCUGCAUAUAUCCUACUAAAUGAACAGCAGAGCUGAGGGUGGAGAGAAAUGUGAAACCUCCACCUGGAGAUGGAAGGCAUGGUAUUAAGACAAACAGUGGAUUACUGAAGUGAGGAAAGUGCAAUUUUUGAGAUAGCUGUUGGAGUUUUAAAUAUCUACAUACGAUUGUUAAGGAGUAUAUGUAUAUACAUAUGUAUAUAUACUUUUUUCUACAAGUAUGUAUACAUAUAUAUUUAUAUAUACAUACGGUAUAUAUAUAUGUGUUUUUUUCCUUCCUAGUCCAUUUACACCUCCAGGACUCUAAAAAUAUUGGGGUACAAAAAGAAAGACGUGUAGAAAAAAUUAACAUUGCGUGAGGGGAGUUGUACUUUUACAUUGUUGCUGUUUUAAUUGUUUGUUUGUUCAUUGUGUACAUUUGUCAGUAGAACAGAGAAAAUCCCUUUAAGAGAUUUUGUCAUCUAAACAAUCAAUUUUUUGGAAAAAAGCAAACAUUCAGAGCCUCUACAAAAUACGUACAUAGUACGAAGUAUGUAGAUGGCUGUAUUAGUUUUAUUAUGAAAAAAAUGCUUAGCAAUUAACUUAUUUUAACAAAGCACAUAAUUUUUUACAAAAAAAGUUUUCCUUCCUAAUUUCACAUUAAGCAAAAAUCAAGAAUGUGGGCAAUUGUUGAACAUCAUCAGGAAUCUUUUGACUUACUUUUGAAAUUUUAAUUUUGUCAUAAACAAGCAUCAUGAACAAAAACAAACACCAACUAAAACCUUUCGUCUUUUACUUUCAGGCAUAGGUUAGACAGGUAGCAUCUACAAAAGUCUCCAACCUUUAACAAAAAUAGAUGUUCCAAAACACGUACACAGACGAGACAGCGGCCACAUAUGUGAAGCUAUUCCAUUGCUUCGUAAGCAGUGAACAUUAUUUUCUCCUCUUCUGAUUGCUUCAUUUUAUUUUACUUUAUGUUGCAUAUACUACACAUAUAUACAUUCAUAUGACCGAUGCAUUCAUUGUCAAUCCAAUUUAGUAAAAACAAAAAAAAACAUGAAAAAAUGUGCAUGUUCUAGUGUUAGUGGCAAAUUUUUGCAUAAGUAAUGUAGAGUUAGUGUGAGCUAAGACACAAUAUUCUUAUCCUAACAUCAGGCACUUGCCAACAAACAAUUCAUUUGCGCCCUUGCUGUCCUUCACCACCCCUCAGAAUGAGAUAUCUCUCUAUUAUCGUUUUCCAUCCACUGUGGGCAUGCACUCUUCCUGUGUCCACACGCGACAACAUUUUUGUUUUUGAGGAAAAUCAAUGUCAUUUUUUUCUUCUGUUUCUGUUCUCAAAUUGCACGAAUUUUAUCGUUCCUCAUAAAUGUGCCUUGAGCAGUCGUCUGGUCAUGAGUUGUUGCACAAGUUCCUGUGUGGAGAACUUCAUAUUUGUUUUCUUCCUUUUUGGUUCGACCAUAUUCACCCUUAUUAGCAUGGAUGUGUCUACCGGCGGUUGUGAAAAACAUGCUGCCACUCACUAAAUUUUGCCGUGUUAAUUCAACACAACUAUGAGCAUGAUAUGGUCCCAUUCCAUACAGUGUUGGAAGUGUUGAUUUAACACUGCAACGUUUUCUGUACAGUGUUAAAGCUCAGUGCUGCUCUCCGUCUCUCAGGCCCCCCCGUCAUACAACAUGGCUUCCACACACAUUUUUCAUGGCCAGCUUCAGCUGGAUAAUCACAGUACUUAUCUCUGCAGCUCAAAUUUUUUUUUGAAAACAAUACUGGCGCAAACGCCUACUUACUGUUUCAAUGGAAACAAGUGUCCCUGUGCUUCUUCUGUGCACGUUGCCCAAACUAACGUAUGCCUGGCUGGCUCUGCAGUUGGAGAGGUCAAAUACAGCCGGAACUCCCCCAUCCCCCCCCAAUUCCAC